ACAAUUCGUAACUUUUCUAAAUUAUCCAAUCGACGGAGCAUUUUCAUCGCCACGCCUGCGAAUUGGCACUUCUCUGUGUUACCUACUGAGUUCGGGCAGAUUUCAUCUUUCGAGCGACAGGCCUAAAUAGGAGCAUGUUCGCGUACAUCUACAAGUGUCCGGUCGAUAUCACGAGCCAAUUUUGAAUCGGGGAAUUUCGUCGUUACCUGUGCAAUACAAUGGCUAAGGUAAUUGACUGAGACGAAGGCACCUUUUGAAAGGAAACGUAGCUCGUUCCCAAGCCAUUAUGAAUUGUACUAUAAUAUACAACAAUACCUCGGCAUCUUUGGACACCGUUCUUCAUUUGUCUGUGGAUUUUCCCGGCAAGGAGCAUCAUUUGGGGCACUGCGCUGGAUCGAGUAAUAUGUUCUGUUCUUCCCAUAAGGUGCCUUGCUCCACGACCAACCCUCAGCUGUCUCCAAACAUGCACACUCUCGGAGCGUUCCUCUCAAUAUCACAAGCGCAGCACGCGAAGCCCAGUACGUCUUAAAAUACCAUCCCGGCGCUUCUAGAUCUCCUCCUUGGCAAAGUCCCAUCAUUUAGGGAGCAAUCGUGGUGAUCAACUCUAUAUUUUCAUUGGUUUCACCUUUGUCUAUCGAUACGGAUUCCGACUUGCGACUGGUUUCGUUUUCUCACAGCGACACAUUCAUUGGAAGUUACGAUCUGAUAUUGGUCAACUCGAUUCAUACAUGUCAAUAAUAGCUAUCUCCCAGCUCCGCCGUUUCACUCUCACUAUCGUCCGAAUGGCGCUGUACACACGAUGCGAUCAGCUCCGCAAAGCGGGAAAGUAUCUCCCGCCAGUUCGCCAUGUGAACAAAACUACAUUGCAUCAACUUCGCGAACGUUCUGUGGCGCCUCAAGAGCCGUUUCCGAUCACUAUUUGGCCUGAACGAGCACUCUGUCGAGGAUCUCUGGGCGCUGCUAUCAACGUCGUGUCUCCAAAGGUGAAAGUCGCUGCACUAUGUUUGUCGCUCAUGAGAGUGGUUACAGACAAGAUUGCUGGAUCCCCCGGGAAUCCUUUGAGAUGCAACGGCAUGGAACAGACAGGAUACAAAAGAAAUAACGACUCCGAAGCGGAACUGGACUCACGUAAUGUUAAUUAGCCGAAUCCGCUAAUUGCGAUGACCAAAUAUAGCAAUUUAAUCGAGAUUCUGAACGGAUUUCCGUCGGGUUAGUUCCCUUCAACGGAAGCGAAUCCGAUCAAUCACCUAGCAUUGAUCAGGGGGAAAACGAGAAGGGGUUCCUAUCUAUCCCCGGGGGAUCGCACCACUUAUUAUAAAUCAUUGAGAUAACUAUAGUCGAGCAGCUUGGCGACUUAUAACCCAGAAACGAGUAGUCCUCGACGUCGUCCCGAAACCUCCUCCUCUUGCCCCGACACGCGUCAUCAGAAUGAGUCUCAGCCAAUACACCGACGGAAUGUCCCUGGCGGACCAACUCAAGCUGCUUGACCAAACCGUUCAAGACCAGCAGACAUCAAAAUAUAUUGAUACCGUUGCGGUUACGGCGCUCCUUUACGACAUUUUGAUAACAAUUGACCGGUAUGUCGACUUUGUCUGGAAGAUGCACUUGACGUUUGGGAAGAUCCUAUACUUCCUUGUCCGUUAUCCAGUUGCAAUCGAAGGAAUUAUGUGGUUUAUAUAUUCUGUAAAGCUUGAUUCUGUCAUUGGAUUGUUAGUGAACUACAACACUUGUAAACUCGAAACGAUUCUCGGAAUAUGGGGCUCUCUUAUAUUUCUAAUCCCGCUUCAAAUGCUCAUAGCUUUGAGAACAAUCGCGCUGUGGAGCAGAAACCCUGUGGUCAUUGCAAUACUAGUGACUGUCGCUGUGGCAGCUGAUACAAUCGUCCUUGUUAUUCUCAGCCGCAUAACUCGCGGUUUCUCCUUCACCAUAGAUCCAACCAUUCGCCAAUUGUUUGGCUGUUCUGGUGCCGCCCUUCACGUCGAACCGUCUGAUUCAAUUCCAGCAUGGGGUGCGGUGAUCGCAUUCGAUACGACCAUCUUCAUAUUGACCUUGACGAAGUCGCUCAGUUCAUACAAGGCGUCACAGGGACGUUUACUCACCAUCCUUAUCCGGGACGGCUUCAUGUAUUACGCCGUCAUGCUAGGGAUCGCCCUUAUAAAUUUAUGUCUUCUCAUUGGCCUACCAACAUCCCGCAUAGCCCUUGCAAGCGCAUUAACGCCUUUCAUCCGCGCGAGCUUCAGUAUCAUUGGUAGUCGCUUGACUCUGAAUCUCCGCGAUGCAGCAACAAAUAGAUCAACUACAAUGAGUGAAGGUGUGUUGGGUCAGGAAGUGAGGCUUGUAGACAUUCGAAAGGGACAGACUAAGACGAAUACAACGACUACAACGACUACAUCGGGCACCCUUAGCACAAUUCCCUAAUGGCUCAUACAUUA